GCAUGCAACAGCAUACAGGAUAGCACCACAGACUCAUAAAACAUCCUCAGCAUUGUCCAGCAGAUGUUGAAGGACCUCAGCCUCCUCAGAAAAUAGAGGCGGUUCUGGCCCUUCAUGUAAAGUGCUUGAGUGUUCUUUAUUGUCCAUGUGUACUCCCAGGUACUUGUAAUCCUCUACAAUGUCCACACUGACCCCCUGGAUGGAAACAGGGGUCACUGGUGCCUUGGCCCUUUGUAGAUCUACAACAAAUUGGGACAUCAUGUACUGUAACUUUUUGGACUGAGGUGUGAAAAACAAAAUUAUGUCUCCUGACCUGAGGCACUGAGACUGAUCAAAAUAACAAAAAAAUCCCUUCCAUGACAUCAUAAAGAGGGCACAGGAAAGUUAGAAAAGGAAGUCACCUCAAAACGGUCAUAAAUGUGGUAAUACGCCCAAUUUCAUAAUAAAAGUAUAGAAUUCUGCACAUUGCAUGUUCUUAAAGUCUGUCUUUCCUUGUUGCAUUCUGAUCUAUAAAGUGGGACAGUCUGUUAGGCUUUUAGAAUAAUGGAAAGAAAUACACUUUACAUUAAGGGACCAGUUUGAUUUGUAGCUACUUUACCUGCAAAAGACAUAGCUCUCAUACUUUAAACUGAGUCUGAACCUUUAGCCAUUCUCUUCAUGCAUCACAUAUGAAACUGUUAAGUACUUAAGUUUGGAAAUAACUAAGUUUGCCAUAGUAAGUGAGUCCAAAUGUAAUAUUGAAGCCUUUAAUAUUAACAUGACUGCACUGUUCUGCACAUUGAUGUUGCGUUAAUAUGCACAGUGUAACCAGUGACCCAGAUUUUUGCACUGCGAUGUGCUCGAAGCACCGGCAAAAGCAUCGAUCCGUGAACUUCUUGAGAAAUUCAGUAUUAGAUGUUUUGAACUUGCAUGCAAAACAGACAGAUGUCAGAGAAGUCGGAAAUGCAGAAAUUAUUGUGAAUUUAACGCAGUGUUAGUGUUUUCUCUUUCCCUCCCUCUCUCGGUAGAUAUUUGCCCUUGAGUGCCACAAUCGCUUUGUUUCGGUUUAAAGGGAAAGCACCAAGUGUCACUGUGAUUACGUUCAUUAAAAGCAGAUGAGCGCUGUCGCAGCUGCACUGUACCUGCAGUUGCUAUAGGUGCGCAAGGAUACAUUAUCUAGCUACACCAAACUUCUGUUGGCUCUUCUUCACAAACAAAUGUACAUUCCGAGUCAAUGAAUUUGAUCGCUUAUCGCAAAUACACCAGUAACCCAAAAGGAAACAGAGUGAUGAUUUCAUCGCUGCCCAUUUGAUUUCAUGGAGAUGGGAAUAGCGCACUGUUGACCACUUUGGAUGGACCGAUCCCACUAAACUGUCACUGAACCUCGAGAAGUUGUCUUCACGCGCACACACCUGAGACUUCUUCAGAUCCUGAGCGCCUCGCCCCCUGUUGAUGCCGAGGAUCAUGACCAUGAACGGUGACCACCCGUCGGUUGCCACAGCGCCGCUAGAUCUGCGCACCACUAACCGAGAGCGUGGGAGCGCCGGGUCGAGGACUCCGGACUGCAAAGGUCGCGCCAGGGACGCUCGGGUGACAGGCGGCUCACCUGCACCCCCUGCGUGCACAGGAACAGACGUUCGCUGCCCCGCGGUCAGAGGCGCACCGGGCUCAGAAACCGGUGCUUCUCUCAAACGGCCAGCGGACAAAUCUUCCUCCUGUCUCCCUUUUAGGAAACGCCCGAUUCUUUUCGAGACCCAAAGGCAGUCGCCGACUCCACCAGAAAGUGGAGACCGCGUUCUCCCUGCGGUAAAUACGGACAUCACACUUCGUUUGGAACGAGCCGCGAAUGAAAGCAGGGUCAGCGCAGCAUUAGUGACUCCCAGGCGGGUUGAAGAGGCUGGACAGAGUCCAGAUGGAUAUCCCAUAGGCCUACGCUUUUUGCACCCGUUUGAUUACGGUCCCUACUCAGUAUACUGUUUGCCCCCUGUGCCAGAGCCGAACCACCCUCUGGCCCACCAAACCGGAAACCUGCUGGCUGGUAUCACUCUGGCUACACAUCAAGAUGAAGAUGGAGACACAGCUCUCCAUAUAGCUGUGGUGAAGGGGGAGUUGGCCAUUGUCUGCACACUGAUCCAACUUCUGAUGUGGGCUCGUAGAGACAUUGAUAUCUACAACAACCUCCGCCAGACUCCCCUUCAUCUGGCAUUGAUAACCCAGCAGGCAAACAUGGUGGAGGCUUUGUUGAGAGCGGGGGCCGACCCUGCUGCCUUGGACCGUAACGGCCAAACAGCGCUCCACCUCUGCUGCGAAUACGACCAGCGUGACUGUCUGUCUAUUGUGCUCUCUUGCUCCUCAUCCUCCAGAUGCCUGGAAAUUGGAAACUAUGAGGGUUUGAGGCCUCUCCAUCUGGCUGUGCUGCGUGGCCGUAAAGAUUUGGCCAGAAUGCUGCUGGAUGCAGGAGCUGACAUCAAUACUACAGACAUCAAAAGCGGCCAGAGUCCUCUCAUGCACGCAGUGGAGAGCAAUAAUGCAGACAUGGUCCACUUCCUCAUUGAGAGUGGCUGUGAUGUCAAUAGCCAGUCAUACAGUGGGAACACAGCCCUGCACAGCGCCUGUGGCCGAGGGCAGGUGGACACGGUGCGGCUGCUGCUGAAGAGCGGGGCUGACAGCAGCCUCAAGAACAACCACAAUGACACCCCUGUCAUGGUGGCCAAGAACAAGAAAAUAGCAGAUGUGUUACGAGGGAGAGGCUCCAACCAGAUAAGAGUUCAAGAUCAACACUGUGUGUCUAUCUCACCACAUGGGAGCAACUUAACAGAACAUGGGUCCCCAUCUCCCAGUCACAGUCGUGGAUGUUCGCCUUCGACUACACCACACACCCCUCAUCAUAGCACCUUCCACUCUCCAAAGACUCCAUCUACAGUUGUAUUUCCAUUUUACUAGCUCAAAGUUAUUGUCCAUUGCAACUUGCAACUACCUCCACACAGCCAACCAACAAAGAGACUUCAGUGGCCAAAAUGACAUCCAGGAGAACUUAAAUGGGAUGACAGCAAAUGGGGUGACAGACCAACAAAAGACUGCACCUGAAAUUAGACUU